CGGCGUUGCAGCCAAAUGAAAAUCAGUCCAGCGUUGGUCGCCGGCCAGGGCGCAUCUGACAAUCCUGUGACCGGAUACGGGACCGUCGAGGACAUUGUUGAACGGUGGCACGUCCGUGAUUAGCAUCGAUCUCUGGCUAGAUCAGGAGGAUGUUAGCCGGGGUAGCGUCACGGUGCUGACGGUCAGACGCGCUCUGAGAUUGGCGGCGGGGUUCGGACGUCGCGGAGGAGCCGAUCAGAGGAUUCGUCGUCGGUCGAAUGAGCUGUCUCGGCGAGACGCGUAACUGAGCCGUGCAGACACACGUACACACACACAUACACACGCGCGUACACAGAGAGAAAGAGAGCAAGAGAGAGAGAGAGAGAGAGUGAGAGAGAGAGAGAAAGAGAAAGUAAGAGAGAAAGUACUCUCCCCGUGCAUCGUCGGUGCACUCGCGACUCUCGAUACCCGCAGUGUCGACUCUGACCAGACCGGGAACGGGGGAAACCGUGGAGCCUGUCUCUCUCCAUAUCCGACUCUCGCUCUCGCUGACGAGCCUCUCUCGUCGUCGGUGGGACGGAUCGAGCGGAACGGUUUAGGUAAAGCGAGAGAAACAGACGAGAAGAGAGAUAUGUCCUCGAUGCACAAAGAUGCUGGUGCACGAAGCCGGAACGUCCGUGGAGUUUAGUGCGUGCGAGGUGUACGCGCAGGGACACGCUGCAGGUCCGCGGAGGCUGUCACGUGCCCCUGAUAGAGCAAACACGAUGCCAUUGGCGUGCACCAGGCACGUAUGCUUGGGAGGACCCUGAGAACGCUGCGAGAGCUGCUCGAUCGUCGGUCAGUUUCGCGUAGUCCUCGGAAGAAAUCCAUCUCAGUGCCUACUACGUCUGCAGUCGAGUGGUUCCGCUCUGCUUCUGUUCGACGCGUCUCUGCAGCCACGUGCGAGGACAACCGAACGGCGAGGAGGUGGAGGAGGCGGAGAAGCCGGUGGUGGCGGAGGUGGUGGUGAUCGUGGAAGGAGCAAACUGCUCCGAUUCCUCAAUCGAGCAAACAUGAGACGUUGGACUUUGAUGACUGUUAUAGCCCUGGCUACGUUCGGGCUGGUAAAUGGCGGUUUACACGAGAAACGGCUGCUAAACGACCUGCUGGAUUCGUACAACGUGCUGGAGCGACCUGUGGGCAAUGAGUCCGACCCCCUCGUGUUGAGUUUCGGCCUUACACUAAUGCAAAUAAUCGACGUUGACGAGAAGAACCAACUGCUCAUCACGAACCUUUGGCUGAAAUUGGAAUGGAACGAUGUGAACAUGAGAUGGAACACGUCGGAGUAUGGAGGUGUGAGAGACCUUAGGAUCCCGCCACAUAGACUUUGGAAACCUGACGUUCUCAUGUAUAACAGCGCGGAUGAAGGGUUCGACGGUACUUAUCCAACGAACGUCGUCGUGAAGAACAAUGGGACCUGCUUAUACGUACCACCCGGCAUAUUCAAGAGCACUUGCAAGAUAGACAUUACCUGGUUCCCCUUUGACGAUCAGCGCUGCGAAAUGAAAUUCGGCUCCUGGACGUACGAUGGCUUUCAAUUGGACCUGCAGCUGCAAGAUGAGUCCGGAGGUGACAUCAGCAGUUUCAUCACUAACGGCGAGUGGGAUCUGUUAGGGGUUCCUGGUAAAAGGAACGAAAUUUACUACAAUUGUUGCCCGGAGCCAUACAUAGAUAUUACGUUCGUUGUUAUCAUCAGAAGGCGAACGCUUUACUAUUUCUUCAACCUGAUCGUGCCGUGCGUUCUAAUCGCCAGCAUGGCCGUUCUAGGAUUCACCUUGCCACCGGAUUCUGGCGAGAAACUUUCAUUAGGGGUCACCAUUCUCUUGUCCCUCACUGUGUUCCUGAAUAUGGUGGCCGAGACAAUGCCAGCGACAUCGGACGCCGUGCCUCUACUGGGUACGUACUUCAACUGCAUCAUGUUCAUGGUGGCCAGCAGCGUUGUCAGCACCAUCCUUAUUUUGAAUUAUCAUCACCGAAAUUCCGACACUCACGAAAUGUCUGAAUGCGUGAAACUAGUAUUUCUUUAUUGGCUGCCUUGUCUACUUCGUAUGUCACGACCGACUGAUAAGGAGGAGAAGGAAACGCAAAAGUCUCAAAAACCAUCUCCAGUCACCGGUAAUUUAGUGACACGAAAAAGCAUCGACACAAGUACUAGCAAAACAUACGGCGACCUGGAACUCCAUCAGCGAAGCAGCAAGUCCCUUCUGGCGAAUGUCCUGGACCUAGAGGACAACGCCCUGGCGUCCCAUAACAACCUCCUGAACAACGUGUACAGUACCCCUGGUCCCCACCAUCCCCACACGAUGGGCCAUGGGCACAGUCACAUACACGCGACGCCUCAUCAUCAUCACAGCCACGCUGCAACGCCGCAUCAUCAACACUCGACGCCAUUGGCACACUCCUCUUAUCCGGCGCACCAGAUCGGUCACACGCCGCAUCAUCAUCAACAUCCGCCAGAGACGUCUGGCCCCCAAGUCGAAACGAUACUUCAGAACGCGUGUUUUUGUGCCAGAUACGAGCUCAUCCUGAUCCUUAAAGAGAUCAAGGUAAUAACGGAUCAGCUGAGGUCAGAAGAGCUGAACACGAAGGUGACGAACGACUGGAAGUUCGCGGCGAUGGUGAUCGACAGAAUGUGCCUAAUCAUUUUUACUCUGUUCACCAUCAUCGCUACCAUCACCGUCCUGCUGUCGGCGCCGCACAUCAUCGUCACGUGAUUCAGAAACGACAGGCAGCCGCCGGAAGGUCGGAGGUCGACGAAGAUCGUGCUGGGGCGCGGCUUAUCGGUGCGACACGGCGAACACGACGAUGACCUCGACCGCAUCGGACGAACACGUAAUUUCGUCGGACGCGACGGUCACGGCUGGUGUCCACGGACGACGUUUACAACGACGUUUCUACGCUUGGAUGUUCGACAGGCGGGCUGGGGUCCCGCUUCUUCAAGCUCGUGCGCCGUCUCGUUUCAGGAGAUCUGCACCGCGAUAGGAAGAAUACAAUUGCGAAGAUUCCGCUCUUCGUCCUUUACGAUAUUUAAGAGAUAUCUCAUCAUGUAGUUCAUUCCAAGAGGACGCCUUAGCGAGACACGUUGAAAAUGCGCCUACACGGGGGCGCCGGAGGGACACCGAUCACACGUGCGCGCGCGCGCACAUAUACACACACAGACACACAAACAUACACAUAUAAAUAUGCAAAUACGUACACGUACACGCAUAGCCACGCAUACACACAAGUGCAUACACACGAACACGUCGACGGCCAUACGCAAUCCUGUACACGCAUCCAUGCCGGGCUACGCGCGACCCCGUCGAUCUUCUCGAUCCGGAAUACAGAGGAUCGAGACGUCGAAGCUGCCACGCGUUCGACACCACUCGUUCGUUCUUAGAGCUUCGAAUUUUGAUCGUGGCUCGUGAUCGCGGAGAGACGACGUUUCGGUAGCUGCUGAAAUAUAUUCAUAUUUAAAGUGGAUGGUGAGCUGACAUGCAUUACUCCGGAGAUCGCGAUUGCGUGACUAAUUGCGAAGCCGCAUUUGCAGCGGCUAACUGCGGAGCGUUGGGCACUGGAAUCGUUUCGUUGCAUUUCAUCGAAUAGUAUCCGGGAAAUAAAUAAUUUCUAGACAUGCUUUUCUCCUUUUCUUUUUUUAAGGAAGCCUUUGCCGAUAUCGUCUUUCCAAUGAAUUUUAACGUACACGUUUUUCAAUUUACGAGUAGAUACUUCGAGGAGCUCGCCGCCCUCCGGGCACGCCGCUGCAAUUGUUUUGCGAUCUGGACGCAAAUAAUUCGGCGUCGGUGCGUGUACAAUACAAACGGACGCAUGCACACGUACACGGACACAGAGCAGAGACACACACACGGGUACACGACACGAGAAUACAGAGCACUGAGAACCGUCGAAGCGUUUGAAUUUGUUAAGGGAUAAAUCGAGUUUCCUGGUGUGCUCCACGGCCGCGGAACGAUUUCUCGUUCGGCCCUGGUCGCCAGCCGAGAGAGAAUCUGAUCGGAACUAGCAAGCGCGCGCGAGAACGAGAGAGAGAGAGAGAGAGAGAGAGAGAGAUAUUGGAAGGGAGAGAGAUACAAACGAAAGAACGAGAAGCUGAAGAAGGGUAUACUGCUCCUUUUAUUGUGCUUAACGAGAAAACCAGACGAAUAAGAAUACAAAAAAAAAGAAGAAGUGAAAGAAGAACAUGAAGCAAACACGAUUAAGAGCAAAGCGCACACAUUAAGUAUUCCGAAAAACUGAAAAUGUAAUUACCAAAAAAAAAAAAAUGGAGAAUAUAUAUAUAUUAUAUAUUUACGAGGGUGAGAGAGAAUUAAUGGG